GUUCGGGUUAGAGCUCAGAUCCCAGUGGGCUGCGGACAUGUUAGUGCUAUGGGCGAUAUUGCUUCGCUCAAACUGCUGUGGCUGGUAGCGAUCGGGCUGCUCUUCUGUGGGUCAAUGCCGGCCGCGCGGGCUGUGCAACACCAAGAAUGUGGCAGGAGUGUUCGAAGAUCUAGGCAGCCUAGGUUUGGAGCGAUUGGUCGCAUCAUCCAUGGAAAGCAGAGUGUACGCGGUGCUUGGCCCUGGCAGGUCUCCCUGCAGCUCCUACACCCCCAGUUUGGAUUUCUAGGUCACUGGUGUGGGGGCGUUAUGAUAUCUCCCGAGUGGCUCCUGACUGCGGCGCAUUGUAUCCACAAUGACCUGUUCAAUUUGCCACUUGCCGCCCUGUGGACCGCCGUCGUCGGCGACUGGGACAGAGACGUCGAGGAAUUCUCCGAGCAGAGGAUCCCCGUAGAAGAAAUCAUCCUCCACGAGCGGUUUCACAAUUUCCAGCACGACAUCGCUCUUAUGAAACUGGCUCGGCCCGUCAAACUGGCGGGCGAAAGUCGCAUCCGCGCCGUGUGUUUGCCUACGAAGAGGUUAGGUUACAACCAGACCGAUCUCUGCAUCGCCACCGGGUGGGGUAGGGACAUGGAGGACGGUUUCCUGGCCGGGAAGCUGCUGGAGGCAAAGGUGCCCGUCCACGACAACGCCGUCUGCAGGAAGAAGUACGGACACGCCGUCAACAUCAGGUCGGGACACCUCUGCGCGGGACACUUGGACGGGAGCAGCGGAACCUGCGUGGGUGAUUCCGGGGGACCUCUACAGUGCGCUAUGCGUGACGGCAGGUGGAUAUUGGCGGGGAUCACGUCGUUCGGCUCCGGGUGCGCCAAGCCCGGUUUUCCGGACGUCUACACCAGACUGUCGUACUACUUGCCGUGGAUACGUUCGAAAAUACGCACCCCGUAACCUCGACUGAAUUUGAUCCACCGCUGGUGUUGCCAGAUUGACAAAGAUUUACCCGAAAUAGGGGAAAUUAUCCAUCACAGAAGUAAGCUCUCAGAAAAUAAGUAAAAAAAAAAAAUGUUUUCCACCAUUUGCUAUGUCAGGGGACUGUACUUGUUAUGUAAUAAUUGUUGGUUGUUAGUUUGGCAGUGGUGGGAACAACAACAAUAAUGUUUAAGAAUUUUCUGCGCAUUUAACUAUUUAGAAUAAAUGACGACUUUGUAAAUAUAUGUGAAUACUCGCUGCAUGAUAGUACAAAAG